UGACAACCGGAAGAAGGAAUGACAACAGUAUGAAGAUACACUACCAGCCACAUUGACAAUUUUCAAACUAUUUUAAAGAAAGAAGCACAAAAUGACUUCUGUUAUAAAAGAAACACAAAGCAUAAAAGAAGCUGUGAUUUACAUCAACGCCAUUGAUGUGAACAAGUUCUCCAGGUUGAUCUCUCGCAUCAUUCAGAAGCUUCAUCUGAAGGGAGAGCGAACUUUCAGUGAGGAAGAAGAGCAAAAACUCCAGGCUGCUCUGUCUUUGGAUAAACAUGCUCUCAACUUGGUUUUGGAAACUGCUGCCUUCAUUUUAGAACAGGCGAUGUAUCACAACAUAAAGCCAGCAUCUUUGCAGCAGCAGCUGGAGGUGAUCCAUCUAAACCCAGAGAAAGCUGAGGUGUUCUGUCAGACCUGGGCCACUGCUGGACCUGAGCUCAUAGAAAAGCUAAAACAAAACAUCUUUGCCCCUAAGAAGCUGGAACAUGUGGGCUGGCAGCUGAACCUACAGAUGGCCCAGUCCAGUCAGGCUCGACUGAAGUCUCCCAGUGCUGUCCUCCAACUGGGGAUCUGCAGCGAAGAUUCAGAGGCUCAGGAAAAUGUCUUUGUUGAGUUUAACCACCAGCAGCUCCUUGAGUUCUACAACAAGCUUGAAAUGGUGCAAGGACAGUUGGAUUCCCUGACUUGA